GAGCUCGGCGGCUGGUACGCGGGCCGGGAGAGAUCAGCGCGGGGCUGGGGCGCGGCGGGCACAGCGCAGGGCGCACACACCUACACGGACGGCGGGGACCCGACGGCGGCGCCUCAGUGCUCCCCGACUCCGGCCCACCGCCCACCGACCAGCCCCUCGCCCCCGCCCAGCCCCCCGCGCACCUCGGGGUCCCGAUGGCGCCCGAGGCCGGGGCGCCCCCGCGCGCGUGGCGCCUGCUGCCCUGGGCGGCGCUGCUGCUCCUGGCAGCGCUGCUGCCCGUCGUCUCCGCGGCGGGGGCUUCAGCUGACCACCCACUGAAGCCGAGGCAUGUGAAGCUGCUGUCCACUAAAACGGGCCUGAAAGUCGCGUGGGACGCACCCAAAGAUGCUACCAGUAGACCCGUGGAGUAUUACAACAUUGCCUACGGGAAGUCACUGAAAAGUCUUAAAUACAUCAAAGUGAAUGCGGAGAUUCAAUCCUACCUUAUUGAGGAUGUGGAGCCGGGGGUAGUGUACUUUGUGCUGGUUACCGCAGAAAACCCCAGCGGAGUGAGCCGCCCCGUUUACAGAGCUGAGAGCCUGCCCGGAGGUGAAUGGAUCAAGAUUGAUGGUUUUCCCAUUAAGGGUCCAGGACCAUUUAAUGAAACCGUCACAGAAAAGGAAGUGCCCAACAAGCCCUUGCGUGUCCGAGUCCGACCCGCAGACGACCGGCUGUCCGUGGCCUGGAAGGCGCCACGCCUGUCUGGAACCAAGAGUCCACGCAGAUCACGGGGUUUUCUUCUGGGCUAUGGGGAGAGUGGCCGGAAGAUGAAUUAUGUCCCACUGACACGAGACGAGCGCACGCACGAAAUUAAAAAGCUGGCCUCCGAGUCGGUGUACGUGGUCUCGCUGCAGUCCCUGAACUCCCGGGGGCAGAGCCAGCCCGUCUACCGGGCUGCGCUCACCAAGCGGAAGAUCUCAGAGGAGGAUGAGCUGGACGUCCCUGAGGACAUCAGUGUCCGGGUUAUGUCGUCCCAGUCUGUGCUUGUAGCCUGGGUGGACCCUGCUAUAGAAAAACAGAAGAAAGCUGUCGCAUCAAGACAGUACACCGUGCGCUACCGAGAAAAGGGCGAGCUGGCCCGGUGGGAUUACAAGCAGAGCUCCAACAGGCGCGUGCUGGUCGAGGGCCUGAUCCCAGACACCAUGUAUGAAUUCGCGGUCCGCAUUUCUCAGGGUGAAAGAGACGGCAAGUGGAGUACAUCUGUCUUCCAGAGAACUCCAGAAUCCGCUCCUACUACAGCUCCUGAGAACUUAAACGUCCAGCCAGUCAAUGGCAAAGCCACAGCUGUCACUGUAGCUUGGGACGCACUGCCUGAGACUGAGGGCAAAGUGAAAGAAUACAUUCUUUCCUACGCCCCGGCUCUCAAGCCAUUCGGAGCAAAGUCCCUCACCUACCCCGGAGAGACCACUUCUGCCCUCGUGGAUGGCCUGCAGCCUGGGGAACGCUAUCUUUUCAAAAUCCGGGCCGCAAACAGGAGAGGAAUGGGGCCUCACUCCAAAGCCUUCAUUGUCGCAAUGCCAACAAGCAGGACCAGCGAGUCUGACGAUCAGCAGAAAACAGACGACGAGGAUAAAUGGAAAUCUGAAAAGCCGGAGCCUUUCUCCUCCUCUCCCAAAGCCCCAGCUUCCUCAAAACACACUCACAUGUCUGCUUCCCCGCAAGGCAGGAAUGCCAAGAACCCUCUUCUUGACUUGAAGAACAAAAUAUUGGCCAACGGUGGCGCGCCCAGGAAACAUCAGGCGACAGGACUCACGGAGGAGGAACCGGGCGCCCAAGGGGACCCACCAACGUUGCCCUCGGAGACCCAGCCCGAGACGCGACAGCAGCGGCCGCCAAGCAGACCUGCCCACCCGGCCCUUGCUUCUGGCAGGACCCCUGGGAGAGUCCGGACGCCCGUGCUGCCCCGAAAGGAAGGCGCGGAGAAGCCGGGCUCCUCGCCGCCUUCCCACGCUCGGUGGGGGGCCUCCUCGGCCCCCCACACAUCCACUGAGGGCGGCCCUCGCCGCCCUGCCAACCUACCCUCCAGCUCCGCAGACAACGACUCCCUGGACGAAGAGGAGGGAAAGCCGGCCGCGGGCUCCCCGCACCUGAAAGACGCCUCCGCCGAGCACCUGCCGCCCAAGCGCGUGGCCCCCGCGCGGCCGUGGCCCGGCCGCCAGGCGGCCUCCAGCGCCCCGCGCGACAGGGGCCCCGGGCCCCACGGUGCCCGGCCAGCCUUGCCCGCGCGGAGGGCUCCCCAUUCUGAGGUUGGGGAGGAAAAUGCAAGGGCUUCCGCGUCCCCCCCGAGGUUCUCUCCAGCACUUGGGGGAUCCUCUCGGCAGCCGCCCACCGAUUCGCACCCUGGGCCUCCGCUCGCCAGGGGCGGGAAGGACGGACCCGACGCCCCAGCCGCUAGGGCCCAUGCGCCUUCACGCCCCACCAAGUCUUCCUUGGUCUCUUCACGCCUCAGCUCAAGGACACAGGUCCCUGAGAGAGCGGAUGCCUCCGAGGGCGGUGGUGACGAUGAUGCAGAAGAAGAAGGGAGGCGGGCCGAGGUCACCACCCAGACGCUUCGCUCCCGGAUGCCUGCAGGUCCCCCUACCUCUGGCCACUUCGGUUUGCACAGAAACAAGCCCUUUGCCGUCCACGGUAGAUACCCGAACAGGUUUGGCUACGGCCGAGGACCCCGACUACAGCCCUCCGGCUCCCCGUCGUCCACCGUGCCCCCCCGAGUUCAUGCGAAGGGGAGUUCUCACCCAGCUUCCGACCUUCGGCAUGGCUCGGGUACCCACGAUGAGGACAGCGAAGCAGAGGACGAAAAGCCACUUCCUGCCACGGUGGUGACCGACCGCGUUCCUUCCUCCUCCAAGCAGCCCGCCUCCCGGGGCGGGGACCAUCUAGGGAGAGGCUCCCAGAGGGGGACCAGCCUUCAGCGGAAGGAAGCCCUGGCAGAGAACCCCAAAUCCGCCGGGACUUGGGACCAAUCUCUGCCGUCCAAGGCGCAGGAUGCACGACAGAGCACAGAUUCGGACGCGGAGAGGGAUUCUCCCCAGACGCAGCCGGCUCCUGCUCGGCUGCCCGCAGCGCAGUCGCAGCACCGCGCGGGGUCUAGUGCGCCCCUACGGAAGCACGCGCUUGCGCAGGCCGGGCGUCCCCACCCGACGUCGCAGGGAAGCGCCUCCUUGAACCCUUACGCUUUCGCCUCCCGAGGCAGUCCGUCGUCCCUCCCGGCGAGCUCCCGAGGGGUGCCCCUGACGUUGCCCCAGAACCAGAACGAGGAUUCCGAGGGUAGAGACGGUGGGAACCCCGACGGCACAGAAGGAGGGACCCCAGGAGCGCGGGCGCCCGCCCACGCGGCCGGCGCCAAGGAGGCUACCCCGUCCCUUCCCAAGCACCGCCAGGUGGAGGCCCCGGCAGGAAGCGCGAGCGACGGCCACCUCCGCAGACCCCCGGGCUCCUUCCCGAGGCUCGGACGGCCCUACGCCCACGGCCGCCCCCGGGUCCCCGGCCGCGCAGGGCCCCAGGCGGCGGGCAAGAAGGACGGGGCGGCCCAGGCCACACCAUCCAAGAAGGAGCCCCUGACCUCUAAAUCUCCGCAGUCGGUCUCGGCGGAGGAAGAGGAGGACGAGGACGUGGGGUUUUUCAAAGGAGGGAAGGAUGAGGACCCGCUGUUUUCCUCUGUCUCAAAGUGGUCCUCCGCCUCGGCCCCCAGGGGCAGCAAAUCCGCGGAUGGGGACAGCGGCGACACAGAGCCUGCCCUCGCGCCCGCGCCCCCCCGCGGGAGCCCGCCCCAGGAUGAGAACCCCACUCCAGCGCAGCGCCCCCCGCCCCCAGGCAGCUCCCCGAGAGCCUCGCACCUGCCGCCCAGGCCCCCCCCUCGCAGCCCCGGUGCGCCGCGGGCCCCCGCGGGCACCCCCGCGCGGCCGCGGUACACCACCUGCGCCCCACCGGCCUCCGCCGCCACCACCCCCAUGCUGUCCCUGCGACAGCGCAUGAUGCACUCAAGGUUCCGGAACCCCUUGUCACGCCAGCCCGGGAGGCCCCCUUUCAGACAAGGUUAUAAUGGCAGGCCGAGUGUAGAAGGGCAAGUACUGCCUGAUAGUAACGGAAAGCCGAGCGGACAAAGAGUUAUCAAUGGCCCUCAAGGAACAAAGUGGGUCGUGGACCUUGACCGCGGGUUAGUGCUAAAUGCAGAAGGAAGGCACCUCCAGGAUUCGCACGGCAACCCUCUUCGGGUUAAACUGGGAGGAGAUGGUCGGACCAUUGUGGAUCUGGGAGGGACCCCCGUGGUGAGCCCUGACGGGCUCCCCCUCUUCGGGCAGGGGCGAUAUGGCACACCCCUGGCCAGUGCCCAGGAUAAGCCCAUUUUGAGUCUUGGAGGGAAGCCUUUGGUGGGCUUGGAGGUCGUCAAAACGACUACUCAUGCCCCCACCACAACCGCGAGACCCACCACCAUCCCUCGGCCGACCACGACCCUGCGGGCCAGAGCCACCACCCGCUGGACCCCCACCACCACGCGCCCAACGACCACUGUCCGAACCACUGCUCAGACCACCCCCCCCAGCACCACCACCCCCGCCCCCACCUGCCCUCCGGGGACCGUGGUGCGGCGGGAUGAAGACGGCAACCUGCUGAUGGGCUCCAGCGGGGCCCCGGCCUGCUACCCUGAGGAAGAUGAUUUCUCAGGAUUGGAGACAGACACGGUGGUACCCACGGAGGAGACCUAUGUGGUCUACGAUGAAGGUUACACCGUGGAGACCUCGAGGCCCGCGGCCGCCGCCCUGCCCGCCACCACUGAGGCUGUGGCCACGCUGGAGGUCAUUCCGCCCGAAGGCACCAUCAACUCCUUUCCUGAAGAGGAGUUUGAUCUGGCUGGAAAGAAACGAUUUGUCGCUCCAUAUGUGACGUACCUCAAUAAGGACCCAGCAGCCCCUUGCUCCCUAACCGAUGCGCUGGACCACUUCCAAGUGGAGAGCCUGGAUGAAAUCAUCCCGAGUGACCUGAAGAAGAAUGACCAGCCUCCACAGCACGUCCCCCGCAACAUCACCAUUGUCGCCGUGGAAGGCUGCCACUCCUUUGUCAUUGUGGAAUGGGACAAAGCCACCCCGGGAGAUGUGGUCACAGGUUACUUGGUUUACAGUGCAUCCUAUGAAGACUUCAUCAGGAACAAGUGGUCCACUCAGGCUUCAUCAGUAACUCAUUUGCCCAUUGAGAACCUGAAGCCAAACACAAGGUACUAUUUUAAGGUUCAAGCCAAGAACCCUCAUGGCUACGGCCCCAUUAGCCCCUCCGUCUCCUUUGUUACGGAAUCAGACAAUCCUCUGCUUGUUGUGAGGCCACCGGGCGGUGAGCCCAUCUGGAUCCCAUUUGCCUUUAAACAUGAGCCUGACUACACGGACUGCCGCGGCCGGCAGUACGUGAAGCGGACGUGGUAUAAAAAGUUUGUGGGAGUCAUUCUUUGUAACUCACUGCGGUAUAAGAUCUACCUCAGCGACAACUUGAAAGACACAUUCUACAGCAUUGGGGACAGCUGGGGACGAGGCGAAGACCACUGCCAGUUUGUGGAUUCGCACCUGGAUGGCAGAACCGGGCCUCAGUCCUACACAGAGGCCCUCCCUCCCAUUCAAGGCUACUAUCGCCAGUAUCGCCAGGAGCCUGUCAGCUUUGGCAAAAUUGGCUUUGGGACCCCCUAUUACUACGUGGGCUGGUACGAGUGUGGGGUCGCCAUCCCAGGAAAGUGGUAACCAUGGGGUGAGCAUCCUGAAAGCUUGCCCUGCCCAGCCCCCCUGGUGAACCUGGACGAGGGACCACACGGGAAAAGGAAGACUGUGUCCCAAGCCCCUCUGCCCCGGUGUCAACAAGGGCACAAGACAGACACUGGAUACUUGGGGCAUCUUCAGUCUGGACCUCAGCCUCACUUCUGGGCCUGGACCGCGCGCAGGAUUCACCAUUGCUGUUCACUGUGCUUCUCCACUCGUUUUGCUUGUGAUAGCGCCUCCCAGAGGCCGCCGAAGCCCGCAGCGGCAGGGGAUGCCCACCGAGUCUGGGCGAUUUCCACGCUCCUUAGGUACAGCAUGCGGACGCCUCGCAUCUCCCGGGAUCAGCAGGGGCUGGCUUCAUGGAAUGCCACACGCUUUCUCUUUUCUCACUGGACUCCUCCCAGGCUAGCUCACUUUAAGCUUUGGGUCUUUUUCUAUGCAAUAGAACUGAAUUACUAAAAUCACCACCAAAGGAAAUAUAUCCUGCUUAAGAUUUAUCCCAUGGACUUACCCACUGCUAGACCAAAUGUAUCAACUCUUCUUUGUAAAUUCUCAUUUUGAGAUAUAUAUAUAUGUAUAUAUGCAUAUACAUACCCGCACUUCUCUGCAAGAAUGUUGAUUAAAAUCACUAAAUUUGUACCUGUUCACCAGAAAA